CGCAGAGUGAUGACGUCAUCGAUAAAUAACGAUUGUUUUCCUUUAUAUGUCAAAGUCAGCUGAUUGCUCCACAAACAGCUCGUCACUCACAUACCUUCAAACAGACAUAUGCAGAAGUCACACGUGGGCAAUGAAUGCAGGAAGUCAGCAAGCAUUUAUCACCAGCUACAGAGCAGAAGAUUUAGACAAAUUGACAGCACGACUGAAGAAUGGCCUGUGCAGAUCAAACUAUAAACCAGCGGAAUAUGAAAAAGUGCAAGCCAUGGUUGAUGCUAAACGGCUGGAGACUGCUUUAAUUGGAAAAAAGGUUAAGAAGACCCUAUGUGUAGCCAAGGAAAUUAAGGAGUGCGACAUAUUACGGCAGCACAGGCAGGUGUGGAGCAGAGAGUGCCCUAGGCUGCAAAAAGCAGAGGUAAAGGCUGAGAGUGAAAUGCGUGAUUUCAUAGAGAACAUAAGGCCACUCGGCAUAGAAGACACUGCCAUCUUUUCACUCAAAGAUUACGAGGUGUUCCUUGAGAGGGACCGGAGGGCAUUUGUCAUGGGCACCGUGAAGCCGAUUCAUCAGCUAAAGGAGGACUUGUGCUUCAGGUUGGAGCAAGAACAAGAAUUGGAAACAAGCACCCCUCUAUCAAACUGGGAACAAGUGCAAGAUCAGGUAAAUGUUGUAAAAGACCAGCAAGAUGAUAUAACAGCAAAACUUCAAGAAGACUACUGUGACCUAGAAGAGGAAAUUACAGACCUUGGUUUGGAGAAAUAUCUGCCAACCUUGGAUAGCUUGGUGGAAGACAACAUUCCCACAGAAGUUUUGGAAUCCGACUGCCCUUAUCCAGAGCUGAAGGAGUCACUGAUCCAGGCCUUCCACUCAUUGUCAGAAAUCCACCACGGUCGACUGCACUGUCUUCAAGAGCACCUGAAGAGCACAGACAAAUACUGUGGCUGGUGUCCGGAUGACCACCUACGCUUCCAUUUCACCAUGUCUCAGUACAGUCAAGACAUACCCAACUACCGGGCACUAUGCCUGCAUAUGCUUCAAAGGGUCUUCCCGGAGAAAAUUAAACAUGAUCUGAUGGAGCAUGAGCGUGCAUUGGCCAGGCAGCGCUUCAACCAGACUCAGAUAAAAGUCCUGACCCAGCAGUGGCAGCAGGACCAGGAAGAGCUCCUGGCUAAAGCCCUGGCCACCCUGCAGGAGGCGAGGGACGCAUACCAGGAGGAGCUGGAGCUCCAAAGAGACCGCCAGCACCAGCAGGACAUCUGCUUGUGCCUCAGAGAAAAGCUGCUGCAGUGGCGGGCCCAUCAGGAGGAGGUGGCCGAGCUACAAGCGGCCAUUGCUGCCAGACAGCAGGAAGAAGCCGAGGCCAUUUUGAAAAGGGAGCAGGAGAAAGAGGCUGCCCUGCGGGCAUAUCAGAAGGAACAGCUCCGGAAAUUUCAUUUGGAGCAGCAGAGGAGGAGGGAGGAGCUGGAGCAGAGAGAUCAGGAGAGGCUUGCUAAGCUGAGGAGUGCCAUGGACGAACAGGCCAGGCAAGAUAAAGAGAGGGUACGCUUCCGGGUGGAGAUGUUGCAGCGGCGCCAGGAGGCGAGGGAGGCCAGUGAGUUGGAACGUCAAAGGGAGGAAGCAGAGAGGCACAACCGUUUGGAAGCACUCCGAAACCAGGUUGCUGUGGUGGCAGAGUCUGACUCAGACAGAAUGAUGGGAGGCACUCAGUCUUGGCGAAAUCGAAACUUGACUGUCGAAGAAGUUGAUAUCCAGAGGCCUCUGUUUGGACUCCACACAUACACGGACGCACAGAUUGUCGCCGAUCCCAGAUUGCGGGUCGAGCAGGCCCUGAGGGAUGCUGGCUUGCACCACACCCAGUAUGCCCAAGAGGUCCUGGCCCAUAUCAAGCCCCCGAAACCACCACGACGAGACACCAAAUCUGAGCUCCAGUUUUAAGCAAGUAAGUUGAAUGGUUAGCUUUUAACUUCUAUUGAUACAAGAAAGUGUUUUUUGACAGAGAUAUUAAUGAAUGAUUAAUCUCCCCUUUUUGAGGUAACACAGUCUUUUACACCAAUGGUUCUCAAACCUUUUACACCAAGUACUACAGCCU